AUGGCCGAAGAGGAACGACACCCUAAUAAAAGAAGUACUGGUACAGUUCCGAAACAACGUAAUAAUUAUAAUCGCCCAUUUAAUGAAGUGGAGCGGUUAAGGAGCUUUUCUAACAGUUCCAGUGAUUGCUAUCCUUCUCGCGAUUCUUCCAAUGAAGUUAAAAAUCCUAGAAGAAGUAAUAAAAUUAAAGAUUUAAUUGUGGAAUCUACACUGGAAAAUCACAAUUUUGCCUCUCAAAUUGGUUAUUCAGCUCUAAAUUCUAUUGGAUCAUCCAAUCCCAGUUCUCCAACGUCUCAAAGAAAUGCUUCCAGCUCUACUUUGAAAUGUGACAACAUAACAAAAUGUCCAAAUAAGAAACAAAUAGAGGAUAAGUUGAAUCAAAUCCAUGAAUAUUUGAAGGUAACAAAUUCGUUAAUGGCUAGUAUGAAAAAAACAGAUGAUCAGAUUUCAGGUAGGAUAGAUGAUUUUCCUGUAGAAAAUUCAUUCACCAGUAGGAAAAAUGAAGAGAAUGUAAACUUAGAGAAUGUAGGAUACAAUUUAGGAUUUUUGAAAGAUUGUCAGCAAAUGGGGUAUCCACUAAGGAGAAAAUCUGAAAACAAACGAUCUUCCCCAGGACACAAUCAAAGCAAUUUAUUACUAGAAGUUUGUAAUGAUGUUCAUACUCCAUCCAACAAAGACAUUAGAAACUAUAUCGAAUUUGACACGUCAUCAAAGGAUAGAAGCGAAAUGAAAAAGACAAUCCAUUCACAUCCUCACGUAAUGUCCAACCAGGAGAAAGGAUUACCUAACGUGGAUAGCCUGCAUAAUCACAUUAUUAGCAUGCAUAACAGUCAUGACGAAAAUGAACGCUUGCUUGAAACUUUGGAUGGUACAGACUCAGAACUCGCUUCAGAACAUGCAGAGCUCCAUAAAAAAAUGAUAGAAUUGCAGAAUAGAAAAUUCCAAAUAGAUAGAUUGGUUGCUCAGUUACAAAGCUUUGGUGAUACUUAUGAAGAUACAGAUAAUCAAUUCAAAAAAAUCUGUGCUAUGAAAGAACAACUAAACAAAUUAAAAGAUAUGCUCGAAGUCGUCAAAAUGCCAGAUAAUGUCCUCCAGAACACAAACAACCCCUUCGACGACAGAAAAACCAGUUGUUACUUGUGUUCAUCAGCAGAACAAUUCCGAGAGAAAGACAUCAAGAAACCGAAACUGAAAUCUCGCAUUCACAAUGACAGCAACAUGUUCAGAAAUGCGAACGUUACUAGUCGUGAUAGCAGACCUAAACAAAUUAACACGAAUUCUAGAGAAAGAGGUAAUCAAGUGAAUAAGGCGAAUAUGUCUAGUAUUGCUCAGAAGAUCGCUCUGCAGACGGAAUUGGAAUGUAAAAAGAGAGAGCUGGAGGAGAUCAUGGGAAAGCAUAAAGGUAAUGCUUCAAAUUUAAAUCAAGACAUUGGGAUUGACACGAAAUCUGAAAUCAGCUCAAUCACUAACGGUGUAAAUGACCCAUGGACUUCUAUAAUAUCACAAGAGAGUGACUCUGAGAGAUUUUCAAGUGAUGACUCUCCGGACGCUGCAAAUAACUAUUCAGAACUGAAACACAACUUUCUAUCACUUCCAUCCUUGAACUAUUCACCUUCUGGCUUAGCUAACUCCCAGCCGGAAAACUCCCAGCGUGGCAACUAUGUUCAGCAGAGUGAGUAUCAGCCUCCCAACGGACUUCCAUACGUGUCUGAUGCGCACUUCAGAAGUAACUCAGUUGGUGCAACUAGUCGUUUUAAAAAAACGCGCAGAUCAAACUCUGAAGAACUUAACUCAAAUCAAAUGCAGAAACAACUUCAAAUGAUUAGAAGCAUGUGCGAUACGUUACUGGAACAGCAAGUCAAUCAAGAGAAUCCAUCAAACAUGCAGCAAUUACGUAACAAUCUCAUUUCUUCUCCACAACCGCUCCCUCCAGCGCCACAGCCGCAACGUGCUAACACCGGUAAUACAGCAAAUCCGAAUCCGGAAGUACCACCCCACUGGUUUCCAUCAAAUAUGUGUAAUAAUGUACCCAAUGAUAUUGCUGGAUAUUACAAUUGGUUGUCUAAUAACACAAUGCAGACGCAAUCGUUCAUGUUAAAUACUUUGAAUCAGUGUUAUCAGAUGCUUUGGAUGCAGCAGAGGGAAAUGGGACUUUUGAAAAAUAAUGUAACAAUGCUUCAAGAACGACUGAAGCAUUGCAAUAUAGGACCAGCCAAUAACUAUUCGCCAGUCCCUGUCCAAACGAACUCCCAAGUUUCGCCAAACCGACGGAUCCACCAGUCAGAGGUUGAUCGAAAAAUCAAUCAAGAUGCCGGAUUUGCCAUGCCUAUGCCAGACCAGUUCGAUUGUUCCUUACCAAAUAUGCCUCUCAAUUGCCUCAACAAUAAUAGCCAGCUACUAGAAUCUUGCUUGAAUAAUAUAAAUGUUAAUAGAUUAAACAUCCAUCAUAAUACUUCCGAGAGCAGUAUUCCUGCGCAUUCGGUGCCGAAUCAUAUGUGGUCUGGUCAAGCUUUGAAUAACCAAGUUGUGCCUGGGAAUAGAGCUAACAACUAUUGGGACAAUUUUAGAAGUUAUUCCCGCCAAAAUCUUCUAUCUACUAAAAACACCGGAGUUUUACAAAAUCUUCCACCAGUUAUCGAUCGUCCUAACUUCGGUAACCAACCAAAUUUGGUUAUCAAUCCAUUUGCAUUUAUGUCAUUCUCUCGGAAGAGUAAUUCUGAGCAAGAUUCUUCUAGUACUUCACAAGAAAAUACUCCUCAAAGAACGACUACAAAGGAUACCGGCCUAGAAACUUUAGACGCCCUAUCUAGAGGAGCACACGCUGACAUAUUGAACAAUUCAAUGCGGAAUUGUGAUGCGACGGAACAGCCAGCGAAAGACGUUUAUCACAAAGACAAUACCGACAUGUACUUCGGGCUCCCGAGUCAUCCAAACACCAACAGUGAACCGCUAUUAGACCAUCCAAGUAACGCCGAAAGUCACAUUCCGGAAGAAGCAAAGGGACAUGACGAAGGAGACGAAAGCGUGGCUGAUGUACCCCAAAUUUCCAAAUUUGACGCCAUGAGAGAAAGCGUAUAUAAAGAGGUUGCCUCCUUAAUAUCUGCCAAUGAAAAUAGGCCGCAAUUUCUGAUUCAGCUAUUUAGAGAUCUGCAGAUGAUAAAGUCUGACAACGGAAGAUUUAAUAUACUGCAGUCUAUUGAAAGAAACGUCACACAAUCCAGUGUAUCGUCAUCGCAGAAUAUAAAUAAACAAGUUGACCAGUCUCGAAAAUAUUCUGUGCAGUCUGUACCAUCGUUAGAUUUAAAUACGUCUUCCAAUGCGUCUAGCAAUAAUGAAUACUCUGUCUACACUUCUAUCUUGCAAAAAAUGCAAGUUUUGCUAGAUCAUCACGAAGAAACCAUGAUUCAGAAUCAAUUUGCCAGGACCCUAAAACAAUUGUUACUUGGACUAGAAUGUGUAAAGGAGAUAUCAAAAGAAACAAUUUUCCGUCAUCAUUUAGAAAGCUUUUUAAACAGGGAAUUGGAGAGUCAUUACGGUAAAAGGUUAGGUGAUGUGAAACUUCAACUUCUCGGAAACAUUGAGUGUUUCUUGAUUGAACAGCUGGGAUUGGCACGUUUAGCAGAUGAAAUUUGCACUUCAACUAACAACCAUCAACCAGAACCAGAAAACGUCAUGAUUUCUGCACAAACGGCCGACGGUGAUCUAGCAGAAGCUGACCAGAGUGGAAUUAUUACCGAAGAUAUUCUGGAGGAAGGCGCUGUGGGCGGAGUGUUAGAGGCGGUUUCUCAAUCAAAGCCUAUGGAUACAGCGGAGAAUUCAGAAUCAGAUUUACUGCCACUUCCCAACCAAUCUAGAUCCAGAUCGACUUCACCAACAAGAGAUCAAUCAAGUGUAGAUCCUCAACUGCUGCAGCUCUGA